GCUGGUUCUCGUGUCUUCGUCUCCCCUCCCUCUCAUGCGGCCCUGCCACACUCCACGGGCAUUCCUUUAUGCCAUUUAGAGCCUGUGAUUUGACUCGACCAUGGCGCACGCGCUGUUUUGCAUAGUUGUCGCCCUUGUGUUUGCCGCUAAAUCCUUGCAAGACACCAAAGAUCCUCUGAACGAUUUCUGCCGCCGCUUUGGACACCAGACUGCUGUUAUUGAUAGGAAACUAUACAUUGACGGGGGCUUGGUGCAAUGGAAUCCCAUAUCCGCAAAUCCAUCAAACUUUACUAAUACAUGGCUCCUCUACAAUGACCUUAACACGACCACCGACGACGGGGGAAUGCCCCAGCUACACGCGAACUUGACGAAGAACAGCUCCAUACCAAGCGUUUCUGGUGGCAUAUUAUGGACCGACGAAGCCAACAAAGUAUUCUACCUAUAUGGUGGAGAAUUUCAAAAUUCUCCUGACGAUUUUUCAUUCUGGCUGUACGACACCGUGUUGAACCAGUGGAACCACACAGACGGCGUGCUGCAGGGUAUCGAAAGAGUUGCUUGGGGCGCGGGCACGACGAUAGAUGAUCUUGGAUUUGGCUUCUACUAUGGUGGAUGGAUGAACAAUCAGACAGUGCCAGGAUGGAAUGGCGCUCCGCUUGCCACAAGUAACCUCAUCAAGUACGACAUGAACACCAACACAUGGACAAACAAUACUGGACCAGACAACAUGGGCAGAGCAGAAGGUGUAAUGUCGUAUCUGCCCGCUUCGGACGGGGGAAUGCUCGUGUAUUUCGGCGGCGUGGAGGACCCGUAUAACGAUGGGACUGUCGUCGGCGCCAACAUGAGUGAAAUUCAUCUAUUUGAUGUAGCAUCAUCGAAAUGGUACACUCAAAACGCGACCGGAGACAUUCCGGACAUGCGGCGGAAGUUCUGUGCUGGCGUCACGUGGGCUGACGACCAUUCAUCUUAUAACAUCUACCUCUACGGCGGACAAGGUAUUCAUAACAUCACUGGAUUCGAUGACGCCUACGUUCUUAGCGUACCUUCUUUCAAGUGGGUGAAGGUGUACGGAGAAGGGACGUCCCCCCAUGGCAUCAGCAGCUGCAACGUUAUCGACAACUCGCAAAUGCUUGUCAUCGGAGGCUACUUUGCGAAUACUGACAGCUGCGACUCUCCGAACGUAUGGGGAACCCAUAACAUGAAUUUGGGCGAGAAUGGCCCUGCAAACUCGCUGUGGGACCAGUAUCAUCCGAAUAUCACCAAAUACCUCGUUCCUACGCCGAUCAUUUCAGUAAUUGGUGGCGGACCUACUGGCGGAGCAACAGCUACGAAGCCCGUGAGCGAUUGGAGCAACCCCGAUCUUUCUGUCUACUUUACUCGUGUUCCCACGUUUGCUGCUCGUACGGCAACACGGUAUUUCCCGAGUGGAACCUCAGCACCAGGGAAUGGCACGAGUCACCAUAAUAGCCACGUCGGUGCCAUCGCCGGAGGUACAGUUGGCGGUCUUGCUUUCCUUAUACUCGUACUCCUCCUCGCGCUCUUCUGUCUUCAUCGCCACAAGAAGAACCUCAAGAACAAGCCAGCACCCCAGGCUCCACCUCCACCACCCGUGGAGCUUCCAGUGAACAACUCGGCUACCGAAAUGAGCGCCGUUGCCGAGAACCCCUCGAAGUGGGGUAACUCUCACUCUCCCGGUGCCCAAAGCGCUGCUCCAUCCUACAAUCAUCAGCCCUCUCCUUACGGAACUCCACCUAAUCGCGCCGCUGAAUACAAUACCCCAAUAUCUGCUUAUCCAACGCAACAAGGCAGCUACCCCUCAAGCCCACAUACUUCAUACCCACCGCAGCCAUACCCUCCAGUAACCUACCCGCCAUCCGCAUAUCCCCCAGGCACCUACCCGCAAGGCUACCAAGACCAACCACAGCAGCAAUACGACCCCCAACUCUCCCCCAACGAUCCUCAAUACGCCGCCGCCUACGCCCAGCAGCAGCAACACCAACAUCGCCGUACCCUCUCCAACCCUCCGUACGACCCCUCCCGCGACGCCAUGGCUAGCGAGCACUUCCCACCACCCCGCUCCCCAUCUCUCGCCGUCCCUGCGCCUGUCACCCCUACCUCAGCGACAACACGGGGUGGCUACGAGAGCGUGAACCCGGACGACUACGACUCCCCGCCUAGCAAGACCAACACGCCUGCGCACUUCUACCCGCAACCGCUGAAUGUGCGGUCAGUGAGUGGCGAGCAGCGGCCGAUCAGGGGGCGGUUUGUUGAGGUGCAGGAUGACGAGUUUGCCGGUGGACAGAGGCAGUUUUAAUAGUAUGUGAAUAUUUAGCGUGGGAUGUUUACGACGUUUUCCUGUUGAUACUCCUUUAUGUUUUUGAGCGCGGCGUACUUUGGACUUGGUUGGGUUAGCGGAGUUCCUGGGUUGUGCAUAGCGUGGGAUCUUGGGCUGGUGACACGGCAAUGUCUGAGCGUGUUGCGUAAAGUUUAAUGCGAUGGGGGCCGGAUUGUAUGCCUGUGGUCAAUGGUGUUGGAUAAGAACUUGUGGGUGAUGGUCCUGAGAAAGGUAUCGGGGUUUGUAUAAUCUCGUUUUAUGAGAAAAAUAAUACUAGGGAACCGCGGUCCUGAAUUGUUGGUCUACUUAUUUCUCUUUCGUUUUGCUUGCUUGCGAUCCGUCUUUUCACGUGUCAGUCUCUAGUCUGCGUCUUCUUAAAGAGCGUAUUUAAUUGUUGCGCUGGUGUGUGUAUUGAUGGGGUCUAGAGAGCAAACAGAGGCG